AAAGGCGCUUUCCCAUCCGGGUCAGAUAGGAAGCAACACUAUCCGGUGCAUUGGGCGACUGUGUCACACUUUCAGCUGGCGAGUUUGUCAUGCUGCUCUCAGCACACCUUUAACCUACGGAUACAUGAAACAUACGGAUUACCGGGCAGACACGCACGCAAGGGCUCGGUUGCUGUCGUUUCAGACACUGAUCUGAUCAUUUCUAAGCUUUUUUUAGUGUUUAGUGAGAGAAAUUUGGGGAUAAGAUGGCGGAUGUGGCUCCGGCCGGCGUGGAGAAGAGUCUGGAUGACUUCUUCGCUAAACGCGACAAGAAGAAAAAGAAAGAGAAGGGUAACGUUAAGGGAAAGGAGCAGGCAACCGGAGGAACCGCAAUGGUGCUGAAAAAGACGAAAAAGGAGAAGGAGAAGUCGACGAAGAGUGAGAACCAGGACGCGCAGAUGGAAAAGGAGGAUGAGGAAUGGAAGGACUUUGAGCAGAAGGAGGUGGACUACACUGGGCUCAGACUCCAGGCCCUGCAGAUGAGUGAUGAGAAGGAAGAGGAAGAGUACGAGAAGGAGGAAGUGGGUGAGGAUGGUGAGAUCAUCCUAGUCACUGGUGAUAAAAUAUCUGGACCCUGGAAUAAAUCAAGCGGCCCCCCUUCAGCUGCUCCGGUAGAGGAAGUUGAGGUUCCUGAGCCCAAAGCACCUGGCGUGUAUCGUCCCCCAGGGGCCCGGUUAACCUCUACUAAGAGAGGCCCUACUCAAGGGCCUCCGGAGAUCUUCAGUGAUGCCCAGUUCCCCUCUCUCCUCUCCACCGCCAGACACGUGGAGACUCGCAAGGACAGAGAGAUGGAGAAUACUUUCGAGGUGGUCAAGCAUAAGAGCCGGGUGAGAGAAGGUGAAGGCCCGGGCUCCAUGCAGCAACUACAGUUAGAUAAUCAGUAUGCCAUCCUGGGGGACAAAUAAAAGCCAUCUCCCCCUCCCCCCCCAAGCCUACCGCCAAUGGUAAAGUAAGACUUGCAGGGGGAAAAUGACCUGCAGCUGUCUGAUGCAGUCCUGACUGAGCUGGAGACGUCUGUGCCCAUUUACACACACACACACACACACACACACACACACACACACUUUCUCUCUCUCUCUCUCUCUCUCUCUCUCUCACACUCACUCGCUCAACAAUACACAAACAUCCCAGUAGACCCCCGUCAAACAACACCCACAAAUGGACAUAUUUUGACACAUUUAUCCAUCAAAAUCCUCUCAUACACACAUGGACACCUCCCUUAUCAACUGCAUUCAAACGGGCUGCAGCAACAGGAACUGACUGAAAUUACAAAUACUGCUUUAUACAACACAGUUCACCAAGAUGAAUGACACUGCAUCAAACGAACAAGGCACCAAAUGUUUAUUACGGUGGAUUUCCUCAUGGGGUUGGUUGGCCGGCAGAGCCACUGGACAUCGGCCAACCCUGAGAAAAUGAGAAAAGCCACUUUGAGGUUGGAGUUCAAGACAUUGGGUGAGAAUUAAACAAACAAACAAACAAAAAAAAACUGCUGAGGUUUUUUUUUUUCUUCGCUACAUCAGUAUAGCUCCCAAAUCAUUGGGAGCUAUACUGCCAAUAGUAUUUUUUUUUUCUUCUUACAUUGUGAUGACAGAAAGCUGGGAGUUUUGGAUUUGGGCACUAGAGAGUGGAGACUACCUCAGUUACAUAUCUGCGGUUACCAUGUCGACCAGGUCCUGGGCUAUGAUUGGCUGCAGGAAUUAACACCAGUCCGGCCAAAAAGGGAGUGACUCAGUGUUUCGACCUUAAACUUAAAUUCUAUUUUUUUCCCCCCCUCGCCAUUUUGCAAGAUCUGUCGACACGGGUGUUAAGUCUUCAAAUUUACUUUUUGAAGUGGCCUUACUGUGGGGAAAAAAAA